GUUUUGGUUAAUAGUCGAACUUCAACAGAACGCAAAAGAAAAAUACACACGUCACAACUUACUAAUAAAAAAGCUGAAACGUGCCGACGCGUGUGUGUAGAGAACUACGGCUAUGUCAAAACAAUUGGCUGAUUAUCAGCCAACAAAGUUGCAAUUCUAUAAGAAGGUAGCGCUAGGUAUUUUACUAGUAGCAAUACUGCUAUCCUUUCCUGCAAUAUGCCAGAGUCAACAUAAUCCCAGUUUUAAAUACUCGCGCGAAGCAAAUGAAAAUUUUGAUGCCAAAAAAGCACCGCCGGUAAAACACGAACAUCACCACCACGAUCAUGACCAUCACGAUCAUGAUCACCACGGGCAUGAUCACCACGAUCAUGACCACCAUGAUCAUGAUCAUCAUCAUGACCAUGGUCAUCACGAGCACACAGUGCCUGCAUCACUGGAUAUGAAGAGCAUUUGGCUGCACUCCAUAAGCUCUACGCUGCUUAUCAGUGCUGCUCCCUUUGUGCUGCUCUACAUUAUACCGCUUGAUAAUAGCGAGGCGAUGAAGCCGCGUCUUAAGGUUUUGCUUGCGUUUGCGUCGGGUGGUUUGCUGGGCGAUGCAUUCCUACACUUGAUACCACAUGCAACCCAUCCACACAGUCAUGGUGAGCACGACCAUGAUCAUGGGCAUGAUCAUUCCCACCACCAUCAUCAUCAUCAUGAGGAUGGCGAGGAUGGACAUGGUCAUGUGCAUGAUAUGAGUGUCGGCCUCUGGGUACUAGGAGGCAUAAUUGCAUUUCUUUCCGUGGAGAAAAUCGUGCGUAUACUGAAAGGCCCAGGAUCGGGAGGACAUGGACACAGUCAUGGCGCACCAAAGCCGAACCCAGUGGUCAAAGAUAAAGAAGCCGCCGAUAAUAAGAAAAAAACAACGUCAAAAUCAGCCAAAACUGUGGCCAAAACGGAAGCCAAACCGGAGGCCAAACCAGAGGCAAAGAAAGCCGAUGACGAAGGUGAAGUGGAAAUAUCUGGAUAUUUGAAUUUAGCUGCAGACUUUGCGCACAAUUUCACCGAUGGCUUGGCCAUUGGUGCCUCCUAUUUGGCAGGCAAUAGCAUUGGCAUAGUCACCACCAUCACCAUUCUGCUGCACGAGGUGCCGCACGAAAUCGGAGACUUUGCCAUACUCAUCAAGUCGGGCUGCUCGCGUCGUAAAGCUAUACUGCUGCAGCUGGUCACAGCGCUGGGCGCCUUGGCGGGCACAGCUUUGGCUCUGCUUGGAGCGGGCAGCAGUGAUGGCAGCUCAGCACCUUGGGUGCUGCCCUUCACUGCAGGUGGCUUCAUUUAUAUAGCCACUGUGAGUGUGUUGCCCGAGCUGUUGGAGGAGUCAACAAAGCUAAAGCAAUCCUUAAAGGAAAUUGUGGCUCUACUUACAGGCGUUGCCCUGAUGAUUCUUAUAGCCAAGUUUGAAUAAUGAAUGGAAUCGUUUAGUUUCUUAAGUAUGGCCCGAAUGUACUUCCUGAAAACAAAUAUGUGGGCAUGUAAAAUACUUUCUGAAAAGAAGA